UUAUUACAUUUAAUGCUUUCAACCCACGACGCGCUUUGACACCAUCCCUUUGAACCAUUCCAAUUUGCAAGUGCGACAUAUCGUUGGCAUAGCACAUCACAAGACCCCAAAUCAAACCUCACGUUCUUCCAACACCAAACAAAAGGGGGAAAAAAAAAAACCCACCAUUGAAAACCAAAACCAAAGUACCAAUUGGAUCUUUCUCCUCUCCCACCUUCACCAUCAUGUCAAUGCUCCAAACCGAUCAGAUCAAACAACUGAACGACAUAUUCAACCGCUUUGACAUGGACUCCGAUGGCAGCCUCACCCACCUGGAGCUCGCUGCCCUCCUCCGGUCCCUCGGCAUAAAGCCCACCGGCGACGAACUCCACGCUCUACUCUCCAACAUGGACCACAAUGGCAAUGGAUACAUCGAGUUUGAUGAGCUUGUCCAUGCAAUUAUGCCAGAUAUCAACGAGAACGUUCUAAUCAACCAAGAACAGCUCUUGCAGGUGUUCCGUUCCUUCGACCGUGACGGCAAUGGCUACAUCACCGCAUCGGAGCUCGCAGGAUCCAUGGCUAAGAUGGGUCACCCUCUCACGUACCACGAGCUCGCCAACAUGAUGUCAGAAGCUGAUAGCAACGGCGACGGUGUUAUCAGCUUCAACGAGUUUGCCACCAUCAUGGCCAAGUCCGCCGCUGAUUUUCUUGGCCUUAAGGUGGCAUAGAUAUAGAUCAAGGUUCAUCAAAAUCAUGGGGUUUGAUUUGUGAAACCUUUCUCUGCUUUUCCUUUUUCAUUUUCUUUAGGGUAUUGGUGCUAAAGGAGGAGAAGAAAGAGAAAUAAUUGUUCAACCACAAAAGGGGAAUUGAAAACAAGAAUAAUUGAUUUUCUCUUUGAGUUGAAAGAUUGAC